AUGCAAUUCACAACCAUCACUGUGGGCACACUGGCUCUCGCUCUCGGCAUCUCUGCUACCGAGCAUGGUCUUCGUGCCCGUCAAUCUGCCUCCCUUGUCCGCGUCAACGUCGGUGACAUUGUGCUCACAAGUGGCCAGACCCAGACCCUCGGCGUGUCGAUCGUGGAAGGCGCCACGUCCGGCAGCGAAGCCUUCGGCUUCAGCACCUCGAGCGCCGUGCUCCGCAACUCGGACAUCCAGGCGUCAGGCCUCUUCACCUCGGCCCUGUGCCUCUUCACUUCCACUCGGAUUGGCAAUGAUGCCGACGGGAAGGUAGCUUGUGACCUGGGCACGGUGGUGGGGUCGGGCACCAGCAGCGACGAGGGCUCGACUGUCACAUUUGACUCCGAUGCAGUGUGCAUGUUUUGCCAGUUCGAAUAA